CGGGGUGAACGGGCACCGGCGGACGAGGAGGACCCCCGGGCGCCGGGCGGGGACGCGGCCGGCAGCAGGCCCGGCGAGCGGGCGCCGCGUUCAUGUUCCGCCAGGAGCAGUCGCUGGCCGAGGGCGGCUUUGCGCCCAUGGGCUCCCUCCAGCCGGACGCUGGCAACGCGAGCUGGAAUGGGACCGAGGCGCCGGGAGGCAGCACCCGGGCCACCCCUUACUCCCUGCAGGUGACGCUGACGCUCGUGUGCCUGGUCGGCCUGCUCAUACUGCUCACCGUGUUCGGCAACGUGCUCGUCGUCAUCGCGGUGUUCACCAGCCGCGCGCUCAAGGCGCCCCAGAACCUCUUCCUGGUGUCGCUGGCCUCGGCGGACAUUCUGGUGGCCACGCUCGUCAUUCCCUUCUCCCUGGCCAACGAGGUCAUGGGCUACUGGUACUUCGGCAAGGCGUGGUGCGAGAUCUACCUGGCGCUCGACGUGCUCUUCUGCACGUCGUCCAUCGCGCACCUGUGUGCCAUCAGCCUGGACCGCUACUGGUCCAUCACGCAGGCCAUUGAGUACAACCUGAAGCGCACUCCGCGCCGCAUUAAGGCCAUCAUCGUCACCGUGUGGGUCAUCUCGGCCGUCAUCUCCUUCCCGCCUCUCAUCUCCAUCGAGAAGAAGGCCGGCGGCGGCGGGCAGCAGCCCACAGAGCCGCUCUGCAUGAUCAACGACCAGAAGUGGUACGUCAUCUCGUCCAGCAUCGGCUCCUUCUUCGUGCCCUGCCUCAUCAUGAUCCUGGUCUACGUGCGCAUCUACCAGAUCGCCAAGCGCCGCACGCGCGUGCCGCCCAGCCGCCGGGGUCCGGACGCCCACGCCCGCUUCACGUUCGUGCUGGCCGUGGUCAUCGGGGUGUUCGUGGUGUGCUGGUUCCCCUUCUUCUUCACCUACACGCUCACGGCCGUUGGCUGCUCGGUGCCGCCCACGCUCUUCAAGUUCUUCUUCUGGUUCGGCUACUGCAACAGCUCCCUGAACCCGGUCAUCUACACCAUCUUCAACCACGACUUCCGCCGCGCCUUCAAGAAGAUCCUCUGCCGAGGGAACAGAAAACGGAUAGUGUGACCGCUCCCGGGUCCUGCUCACAGACUAGCGCAGACUGCAGGCCAGGGCCUUGGAGGCGCGAGUCUCCCCAGCAGCCCCAGCCCUGUGCAGCGGAGGACCUACCUGCCUGCUCCGUGCUUCCGGGCCUGAAGGGUGCUCUGCGGCCUCCUGCGGGCAUCUCCUGUUGGGCAAGGGAGAGUUCUGGCGGGCAGAGCCACACCCCCCACUUGUUGUUAUGACUGCUCCUGACCCGGAGCGGUUUUCCUGGUGGGCCGCCCCUAAUCAGUAUUGCUUUUAAAGGUAUUUUCACUCUUUCCCCUAGCCCAGAUCUCUCAGCAUUUCGGAGCAAAGGAAGGACUCCAGGGGGCGUGGCUCGCAAGGGGCACCCGGCGAGGGGAUACCCAGCCCUGGCUAAUGGCUCCCUCCCUCCCCCAAACUCUCUAAUUUUAAAACACACACUCAGGGCAGCCCCUGCCCGUCCUCCCAAUACACACUAUUUUUGAUAGUUAACCUGGGGUCCCCAGUGUCUUGUGGCCUUGGGUGUGAUGUUGGAGUCCUGGUUGUGAGGUGCCCUCCAGGCAGACCCAGCAUCUGGCCCAGGCCAGGCCCCUUUGCAAGGCGAGCCCCGUUCUAGUGUUAUUAAGUCUCUGUGUGUCCCGUUCACCAGCCACUGGUGACUGUCCCUUGGACGUGAACCUGCUUUGGGAUUUCCUGGCAGGGAAAAGAUUUCUGUGUGUGCGUGCCCCUCCCAUCCCUAACAGCAUAAUUGCCUUUUCCUAUGUAAAUAUUACAAUGAUGGACCAAGACAGAAGCAAAUGAACCUUUCCGCCUUGCAUCAGCCCUGUGUAUAAAGCCAUUAUCCUCUGAGGCACCCGUUGGCCCCAGUAACUCACUUUAACGCCGGCACUUUCCGGGGGCCUCUCCCUCUCUCUGGGGCUGCUGCUUGAAGAAGAAUCUCUAUGUUUCUAUCUUGUAUGUACGUGCACCCGUCCCUCACUGAAAGCGCUGACCGAGGGGAAAUCUUUUAGCUGCUGUUUUUAGACACAGAGGUGUUGAAAUUAUGUGGAAGAAGAGAACCUGAUACAGUUUGCCCAAGGUAAACAUUUUGAAAAAGACAAAUGGGCCUGCCAAACUGUACAGCUCCUGCCCCAAGAGCUCUUAUGUAUCAAAGCGUUGUCCUUCCUCCUGCUUUUCUGGCUGGGAUCAUGUCACUGAUGAACUGCCGAAGUCAGGGGAGGAGGCGAAGACCUCGUGUUUACAACCCGGUUUCUACAUGUUUCAGACAGAGACAAUCGAAGGCCUGCACUCUUAUUUCACUAAAGAAAAACUAAUGUCAGCACAUGUUGCUCAUGACAGUGGAUUUUUUUAAAAUAAAAAGUUUACAGAUCAAAUGUGAAAUAAAUAUGAAGUAAGUGU